AAUAAUAUAUUCUAAUAUUGGGCCAGAACCAUGAACAGCUGCUGCUUUAUCUGUGCAUUCGCUGUGCUGAUAAACAAAGUGUGUCUGCAGGUCACAGUAGAGGCUGUUAUUGGUGGUUCUGUUGUCCUGCCGUGUUCUUCAACUGAACAUGAUCUUAAAAUUCAAGACAUUGAUGUGAGCUGGAGACACAAUGGCAGUAAAAUUGUAUUUGAUAUAAUUCCACACAGUAAUUCACCAGUGAUACAGGAUCCAGAGUACAAGAACAGAACUGAAACUUUCCCUCAGGAGUAUCUGAGAGGAAACUUCUCCAUCAAACUCAACCAUCUUCAACACACUGAUGCAGGACAAUACAUUUGCUAUAUCACACACUUAGAUGAAUAUCAGACUGUACAGCUGAUCAUCAAUGGAUCAAUAUCCACUGAACAAGGAAACCAAGGAGAAACAGAACAGGACAGAAUGGUGCCAUCACUGCCUUUGCUCUUGGUUUGCAUUAUAUUACCUGUGUUAUUUAUAUUGGUUGUUAUUUUCAUUGUAGUUUUCUUGAAAAAAAAGUGCUCAAGCAGCCAGAGGCCAGCUGGAAACGGCGUGGGUUCGGCCACUCCUGAGGUUGUGAGCCCUUCUGCACAAUAUGAACCAGUAAAGGCUGAUAAUCAUGACGAAGCAGUUGGUAAAUGAAACACUGCACUUUCCUGCAGCAACUGCAUGAGCUUUUGCAUUUAAACAUGGAGUCAGAGGAGGUUAGUGCUUUCAUUGUUGUUGCCGCAGCUUCGGGUAGAAAAAUAAAUAAAAAGACGAGUAAGCAAAGGAUUUGUUUGAAGAACAGAAAACGGCUAGAAUGAGUGUGUGUUUCUGUAUCUUCCUUAUGUGCACACUAUAAGGCUACCUAGAAAUCUAUAGUGAUGUGGUCGUUCAUGGUUUUGGAAUUCAAGUCAAUUCCCAAAAAAUUAUCAGGAGCUCGCAAGGUGCUCUACUCAUUCAUAAAUCACUAUUGUAAUAAUAUUCCACAGCUGUUUUUGCAGGAAACGACAUUCUUCAAUGCAUGUCAUAUCUGUAAAUAAAGGAGAGAAGGUCUCAUAGUAGCUCGAAGGCUCAACAAAUGACCUUAAACUGAUAAGAAUUUAAGCACAAAGGGAAAGCAACUACAGUAAAAUAUGAAUCAUUGGCUUAGCUUUUCAGAAAUAUGUUUAGUUUAGUUUGCAUAGCAUCACAUUUGCUCAUCAUUGAGGUAUACAAAACAAUGUUUAUGUUGGUAACAUUGCCUAAAUAACCUCAAAACAACAGCGCCAUAUAAACUACUUACCUGGUCAUAUAACAUUUUGUGAAUAUACAUCUUUUAGUUAUUUAUUUAGUUGUAGGAGUGUUAGAUGUGUUGAUGUUGUUAGCAACAUUCACGCUAAGACAAUCGCCUGCAACCAUGGGCUCAGUUUGUUGGCCCAUUUCUGCCUUAUAAUAAAAAAGUUACAAUGUUAAAAAAUGAAAGUUACAAUGUUGCUUUAAUAGCUAUUUUUAUAUUUUCCCUUUGUACCAUUUGUCAUUUCUUUUUUAUUUUAUGUCUCAAGCCCUUUUAAUGACUAGUGUGUAUGAAGUGUGCUAUUUAAAUAACCUCGCCUUGCCUCUUGGCUUUGUAAGUUAAAAAGUUACUUUUUUAGCUGAAUGUUUACAGCUUUCUGAUGUUUUGUACUGUUAUAUCCUUGCCUUAUGCACUGCAUUUUUAUUGUAUAACAGAAUGAGAUGUUGAAACAGGUACUUUUUUGACUGAAGUUAUAAGACACAUAAGCCUGUCAAUAUGUUGCUGCCUUAAUUCUGUAUUAGCAAACAUUUAUAUUGAACUGUUUUAUUUGUAAGAACUGUUAUUUAAAUGUACUACAAUGUUCUCAGGUAUAUACAUUGGAAAUGAGGACCAUUGUGUUUCAUUGUAUGUAGACAAGCUCUUUAUAUUCAAG